AACCGCCGACGACAAAGACCGCGAUUCGCUUCUCCCACCCAGUAACCCCUUCGGGGUAUCGUAGAAACCAACAACCUCGAAAUCACACAAACCGACAAACAUGCGCUUCUCGAUAACACGGCCCCUAGCGGCCCUCGCAUCCAUCGCCGCCCUCGUAUCUCCCGUCUUUGGCGAACAGAAGCUGCAGUCCCAGGCCCUAAAAACAUGUCAAGCAAACUCGGGCUUCUCAGCUAGUCUGUUCAACGUCCAAUAUCUCCCAGAAAGCGGCAGGGCCAAUGUCGACAUCGUCGCCGUCUCUACCAUCCAAGGCAAAAUCAUCUUCGACGUUGCCAUCUCGGCCUACGGCUACGAAAUCAUUACCGCCACAGUCGACCCUUGCAACUCUGGACUGCUGGGUUUGUGCCCUAUGACGGCCGGCAAGAUUCCUCUCAACUUCACACUGCCCGUCGACAAGGACGCCGUUUCACAGAUUCCCAGCAUUGCCUAUAACUUUCCCGAUAUCGAUGCCAAAGUACGAGUCAGAAUCAACAUGACAGAUGGAGAAGAUGCCGGUAAAUCAGUCGCCUGUGUCGAAGCUGAAAUUUCAAACGGAAAAACCGUCGACUUGGCUGGUGUCAAGUGGGCUACGGCCAUCGUUGCCGCCUUUGCCUUGACGUCAUCUGCCUUCGUUUCUGGCCUCGGCCAUCACAAUGCCGCAUCGCACGUCGCCGCCAACGCCCUCUCUCUCUUUGGUUAUUUCCAGGCCCAGGCCAUGCUUGGACUUACCGGUGUUCCUCUACCACCUGCCGUUAUGGGAUGGACCCAGGAUUUCCAGUGGAGCAUGGGUAUCAUCAAGGUCAAUUUCAUGCAGGACAUCUUUACCUGGUAUCAGCGUGCGACUGGUGGUACUCCCUCGAUGCUCUUCGACUCUUUGGCGACAGUCUCUGUUCAAGUUCAGAAGCGUGCGCUGGACGUUGCGGACUUGGGUGUGGGCUUGGCCAGGCGUUCGAUGGCGUAUAUGCCCAAAACCAUCUCUGAACCCAUGGAUCAGGCCAUGAAUCACGCACUUCUCAAGCGCGGAAACAUUCAAACAGAUACCGGCAGCUACGUCGUGUAUGGCAUCCAACGUGCGGCUUUCCGUGCCUCUAUCGAGUCCACCAACUUGUUCAUGACGUGCUUGAUCUUCUUCUGCGUCCUCGUCGUCAUUACCAUUAUUUGCGUUGCUGGCUGGAAAGGAUACUGCGAAUUGGCCGCACAGAAGGGCUGGAUGAAGCACGACACCUUCCUCGACUUCCGAAACGGCUGGUUCACCGUUCUCAAGGGCAUCCUCUUCAGAAUUACCCUUAUCGGCUUCCCCGCCAUGACCGUCAUGUGCAUGUGGGAGUUUACCCAGAUCGAUUCGACCGCUGAAGUAGUGUUGGCCAUCUUUUUCUUCUUGGGUAUGCUUGUUACACUGGGCUGGGCCGCGUUCAAGGUUAUCAGAAUCGCGCGCCGCUCCGUUGUCAUGCACCAAAACCCGGCUUACAUCCUCUACUCCGACCCUCAAGCAUUGAACAAGUGGGGUUUCCUCUACGUCCAAUUCCGAGCUUCGGCCUAUUACUUCAUCGUCCCUGUUCUCGGCUAUACUGUUGCCAAGGGUAUGUUCGUCGCUUUCGGACAAAAUAACGGUACUGCCCAAGCUGUCGGUUUCCUUAUCAUCGAAGCCGCCGCUUUGAUCGCGGCUACUGUCAUGCGCCCUUGGAUGGACAGGAAGACCAACUGGUUCAACAUCGCCAUUUGCAUCAUGAACUUCAUCAACGCCAUCUUCCUGCUGAUGUUCACUGAAGUCUUCAACCAGCCGCCGCUCGUCACUGGUGUUAUCGGUCUCAUCUUGUGGAUCUCCAACUCCAUCUUCUCCCUGGUUUACCUGCUGAUGCUCAUCUGCUCUACAAUCUUUGUCUUCUUCCGCGAGAAUCCCGAUAGUCGUUACCAGUACAUGGCCGAUGAUAGGACAUCCUUCAUGAAGUCACAGACUCAUCUUACAACAACCACCGAGCUGGAUGCGCUUGCGGCGACCGCUCGCGGAGACAAGUCCGGGUUUAAGGGACUCGACCUCGAUGACGAUGCGGAAUCCAUGUCUUCGGAUUCGCUUCGUCGUCAAACCGAACUUCAGCCCGGUAUGCCAGCUGGUGGAGCUGGGUUGCACUUCACCAAUGCUCCCCCAAGGUCUCCGGUUGACCCUGCGAUGCCGCUAUUCCCCUCGGAAAACCGGAACACCCCAGGUCCUCAGUAUGGCGAGAAGAAGCCAGGUGUGAACUUCGAUCCUCGGGCACCGUCACCAAGCCCAUACGGCGGCCCACAAGGCGGUAACGCCAGCCUCACGCCACAGUACAGGGCUCUCAAUAACGCGAGCCCGUGGCAACGAGGUGCCGGCUAUGAGCAUUAAUGAUCGAAGUUCACAGGCAAGAUACUAUGGUCUUCGCCUCUUAUGACCUUGGGAAUAAACGGAGUUUUUGCUUUUCGGAGAAGCCAUUUUCAUGACGGCGAUACUUUUCACUCCUCGGAUGGCGGUAUAUUUUUGGGUUGGUUUGUUGGAAGACCCCUGCAUUGGGUAUGGAUAUCUCACCCCUCCAUAAGAAGUGGGCGGGAUAGAGGGGACAAAGGAUUCAAGAAGGGAGGGUCUUUGUGUGUGCUUGUUGUGCCUCCUUGCCUCAAGUCAUUGU